AUGAAUCCUCCGUCUGAAGUCGGGUCUCAAGUGAGGACUUCCUCCGGGUCAGCACGAUCUCAAAGGAGCACGAAUCCCGAUAAACAGAUAUCCCAGAUUGAAAAGAGCGUCACUCACCUGUUGGUAGCGACCAAACAGCUCCUCGAGACCUUGACACAAUGGUCGCGCGGGCAAGCACAGGAAGAAGAGGUGUCAGAUGUAUAUGUGCGACUGGGAUAUGAAUUCAAUCUUGCAUGUCGUGCUUUCAAUUCAAUAGGUGUUGAAACCUCCGACCUAGGUCCCGUGCCUGAUCUUCUGCGAAACAUUCUCGAGGAUACUCUCAGUCAGCCUGCCUCGCCACAAGCCCUAGACAACUACCUCCCUCGAAUCCGGGAUAUCAUCAUCAACCUUCUACACGGUCUCAAGAGAAAGCAGAGCAGACUACGUGGACGAGCACCGAAGGAUGCUGCUGGACCUUCGCAGGGGAGAACACCAGGUUCUUCGGCAAGACAACCGAGCGUGUCAACAACUGGCAGCAAUGAGUCGGGAUUGACACACAUGCUUCAAGAUGUGCCCAGCACCGCUCCGAGCCUGCGGGGGCCAACGCCGCAAGACAACCUUCCUGCUCUUGAGCAGUCUUACACCCCUGCAAACAUUUCAGCCGUGCAAUCGGCCAACACCCCUCUCAUGAACCGACAGCCAGUGCCCCGAGAUGGUGUUCCUCGAGGGCCGCCCUCUCAGCAAGUUCCAAACAUGCCUCCGGACCAACUCCAAUCUGCAUCUGGGUCAACUCCCUACUAUGCCGCGGCUCAAGCUGGUACAGGCACUCCGAUUAAUUUUCCACAUCCUCCACCACCGCCACCGAAGCAAACAGAUGCUUUCACCAGAUUACAGCGCGGAGGAGACUUGGAAAGACGGGCGUCCCGAAGGUUUUCCGCCUACCAGAUACAGAAGCAUCUCGGCGCCUCUCCCAACGGAGUCCCUGUAAUACCUGCCACUCAGAACUCUCCGAUACCGAAUAGGGGAAAGGAAGUUAGAGAGUCUCUGACAGCUGUACGCUCACGGAGCUCUUACCAACAGUCAAGGGCGACGUCGGUGCGGCAAGGGGAUGCGUCGCCAAGUAGAAGCGGCACCGUACAAGCUCCUCAGCGGAUCUCCGAGGAGAGGGAAGAAACUCCCGGUCUGUCCUUGCAAGACAUACCUCAGAUAACUGCCCCUGAUGAUUCGAUGGAUAUCGACAGCCCGACGGUGAAGACUCCUGACGAAUACCACAAGCCGCCGCGGAGGGAAGCUAGUAGAGAAAACGUGGUAGUGGGAGCGACGAUCAAUGGACCGCUAGGUUCGCCGCCAGAAGAAUACCAUGAUACGGGAUCAGUUGACUCGCAACCCGCGCCGCUACUUCCUGAACACAAGCCGGCUGUCGAUACGGAGGCCGCUGACAGUCCGGAUACUAUACAGCGAGAACCUCGCGAGUCCCUCACUCCACUCCAGUCGCAACCGCCGGGCUUAGGAUCGCCACCCUCUCAAAGGAAAGAGUUGACAUUGUUCCUCCAGUACAAGAGCAAGAUCAAAAAGUUUGUGUUGGCAGAUGGCUACGAAGAACUCACCAUCCCAAGAUUACAGCUGGCUUUCAUUGAGAAGUUUGCAUGGAACACGCAACACAACGGAGUUGAUCUUCCUGAAAUAUAUGUCCAAGAUCCAGUUUCAGGGGUCAGGCAUGAAUUGGAGGAUCUUUCGGAUGUCAAGGACAGAUCUGUCCUGGUGCUCAAUGUCGAAGCGCUUGACGAGGUCAAAAAGCAGAUAGAUGAAGGACUUGGGGGUUUGCAGAAAAGUUUGGAGGGCGUUCGAUCAUUGCUCGAGGGACAGACGACAUUGAUGCAGCGGUUUUCUGAUCGACAACUGGAGACCUCCAAGGAAAUGGCUCGCAUGUCGGCCGUGCCCAGUCACCAUCCUUCCCGGACUCCAACACUAACACCCGGCAGCUUCGCCGCUCCUGUACCGUCUGACGCCUCAGUACAAGAAGUACAGACGCUGCGGCGCGAGAUCGCCGUUCUACGGCAGACAUACUCCACCAUGUCGUCGGACUUCGCUGCCUCCUUGAAUGAUAUCAAGACCAAAGCUGCCCAUGUCAAAGCAGUUGCGGUUGAAGCGGCGGUUUCAUCAUACAAAGGCGAUUCCGGUCGCGCACAUAUCAACAAGAGCAAAAAGGCACUGUCUGGAGAUUCUGAGGCUCUUGUUAAUCGCGUGGACGAUUUAUCUGACAUUGUCGAAGAGCUUCGCAAAGACGUUGUGACAAGAGGCGUCCGACCGCUGCCGCGUCAACUCGAAGAUAUUAGCAAAGAAAUCAGCGUGACGGCCAAACAGCUGACCAAAGUCAAAGACUUCGUCAAGCGUGAGAAGCCCAUAUGGACGAGAAUCUGGGAACAUGAGCUUCAGGUUGUUAUGACAGAAAGGGACGAGUUGACGCAGCAAGACGAACUUAUGAACGAUCUCGACGGCGAUCUCGACGACAUCACCAAUGUCUUCAAGCUCGUGGAAGAAGCCACCAAACAGCAAAACCUGCAGGCUACGAACACUGGCGGGCGCCAAAUAUCUAAGAAUCUGGCUUUCGAAACCGACGUCGACCCACAUGAAGCAAAAAGUGGUGUACUUGACGAGGUUCGAGCCCUACAGCCAAACCAUGAGGGUCGUCUGGAGGCCAUCGAGAGGGCCGAAAAGGUCCGCCAGCGUGAAUUGGAGACUCGCAAGGUCGGAGAAUUUCAACGGGAAGUCGAAAAGUUCGUGGAGGACGGUAAGCUCAAGAAGACCGGUGGAAUGGAUGAAGUGGAACGGAGAAGGAAAAUGAAAGACGAAGCGGCACGCAGGGAGAAUUGGGAACGUCAACAAGCCCGAGCGGCGGAACUGGAAAGAAAGAGGGCAGAAGAAGCCGCCGCUGCUGCUGCUGCUGCUGCAGCCGCCGAGUCGAGUGGGUUGACUCAAGAACCCGAGAAUGACACAUCGCAGGAGGGUGAGGCAGCAUUCCAGGAUGCCAUUGAAGAGAAUGUGCAACCGCCCGACGGAGACACACCAGCAGCCAAAGAGGGCACUGACGGACCCUCCGCACCACAACUGCCUGAGGUUGAGGUAUCUGAAGGUGCCACGGGUCUUGAUGCAUCUAUUACUGCCACGGACCUCGCAACCAAAGCAUCCAACAGCAAGGCAUCGGCAAGCCAGGGGGCCAAAGGAAAGGAGAAGGAGAAGGAAACCGGGCCAGACAACACAGGGAGCUGGUGGAAACCUGCGAUCUUCUAG